AGGGCGGGUCUUAUGCGCGUGGGAAUGGAGGAUUGUUGGUAUUUUAUCUUUUAAAUAUUAUAAACUGACAUUGUUGGGGGGGGGGGGAAUCGAUUGAUGACAAAUAUAUCAAUGAUCCACUAAAGUCAGGAUCAAUAACAGAUCAAUAACUGUGGUUGUUUGUUGUCUUCGCCGCUGUUUUAAUAGUACGGGAGCCUGGAGGGACAACUGAGUGAGCUCCUCCUGGAGGGAGGAGGUCUAUCGCAGUGCAGGCCAGGCUCCUUUCUACAGAUUUGGAGACGUACUGAGGAGCUGCUCUCUCUCUCUCUCUCAACAGAUUCACCUUAAUGCCUCGAGGUCAACCUCUGUGUCAUGAACUGACUCUUCCUUCCCUGUCACAAUGCGUCGCCACAAAUCAAACCUCAAGAAGCGAAGGAAAGAGGACGCAGAGAGAAAGAGAAUAGCUCGCAUGACCGAGACGCCACAACAAACCGAGCUCCGUCAGGCCCUCGAUAGACAAAGGAAACGCCAACAAAUAGCAAACGAGACGCCAGAAGCUGCAAAGCGUCGCAGAGACUUUAACAAGGAGGCCAUGGCGAGGCACAGAGCCCGAGAAACACCAGAGGCUGCAGAACAUCGCCGACACGUGAACAAACUUGCCAAGGCACGCCACAGAGUGCAGCAAACGCCAGAGGAUGCAGAACGCCGUCGAGCCUCGCACAGACGAGCCAAGGCACGGCGGAGAGCACGAGAAACCCCAGAGGCUGCAGAACGUCGCAGACUCUCAAACAAAGCAGCCAUGGCACGGCGCAGAGCACGACAGAAAGCAGAGCUCUGGAUGGACCAGAUAACUGUGGUGAGAAUAGGUGACACACACAUUGCAGAGGAGCAGGUUAAAGACGACGCUGCAGAGUACUACGAGGAGGAGGAAGAGGAAGACGGUGUUUAUGUCAUUGAGUAUUCAAAUCCUGAAGAGGAGGAGGAGAGCUACCUGUUCACAGUGUCUGCGGACAGAAAGCCAGUAACUAACUCAUCCUGUGGUCGGAGUGAACGCCAGAGCUCCUCUACCUGCGAUGUCUAAACCGUCCAGGCCAACGAGACACGGGGCAGAAGAGGAAGCUGGUAAAUGAAGAGGAGGUGAGGAAGGAGGAGGUUGUGAGCCUUGAAUCUGUGUUGGAGCUUGGAGAGAACUACAGCGACGGGAUGGAAGUGAAUUCAGGCUCAGGUUUGUUUUACAGGGGCUCAUAUUCCAAUCUAUUUGUUGGACACAACCAGCGGAGAUCCUGCACCGAACCCCCGAAACCCACCACGUACAGAUUAAACAAACAAGAUGCUGCAUGGUAACUAGUGAGCUUCAGAGGCAGCCUGUCCUCCCUGUAGACCGGAAGAGGCUCGCUGCUUCCAGUCUUCAUGCUGUGAUAACUUCAGAUGUGUGAGUGGUGCAUUCAUCUCAUUAACUCUCUGAAGUGCUCAAACUACGGUACGAGUACCACCGGUGGAGCAUGAGUUAGUGGUUCGUUUUCUCUGGAAUAAAAUAACUUAAAUAUAUAAUACUAUCAAAAUACAACAUGUCUAAUGAAUGUGAUUCAACCUGCUACGUAGUCUCGUUCAUGCAUGUAGCGCACGCAUACGUCCGUGAUUAGUUCCAACCUAAGAUGUGAUGAUGAGACAGUAAGCGGAGGUAAAGUUAACGGUUCAGAAACACUGCAGUCGUGGAUCCAAACUGGAACUAUUGGGAAGGGAAGUGUGGACCAGGAGGAACCCCUCUCCACCAUGAAGGAUUCAGUCUGCAUGAAAUCUUUAUCUGACUCAGUGACAUAUUUAAUGUAUAUUUCAUAUUAUAUUAAAAACUGUACAUUGAACACAAACAGUGAACUCAGUAACUGCAGGAAGUUUGUGUAAAACCAGAGAUUGGGAUGAAUGUUUGAGCAGAUUAUUUCCUGUUUAGGGAACUUUUUAUACAAUUCUGUCUGUAUUUAUGUAUAUUUAUUAUUUGUAACAAUCAAACAGACUUAAUAGGUGUCUUGUUUGACACAUUCAGUGUUUUCUUCUCCCUGUUAACCUCUCAGCCCUCCACAGUGUUACAUGUUGACUACACAGCUGCAGAAUGAUGAUCCCAGUAUGAAUAUGAAGUGUUAACAGUCUCCAUAGUUGUCGGAUAUAAAAAUACAGGUGGUGAAAAACAAAAAUUGACGUCAGAGUAGCUCAUGUAAAGGCCAAUGUCAGUAUUUUUCAUGUUUUACUGCUCAUUUCUUAUUGUUUUAAAUUAAAAUAUUCA